CCGGUCAGUCCAUUGUACACCAACAGAGUCACCCCGCCGUCCGUCAGGAACCUACGUUCACUUUCCGAAGAGUCCCAGUCACUCUCCAUACAUUCGCUAGCCAUUAUGCAUGCUCUUACCUUUGUGCUAUCCUUUGCGACCGCUUCCCUCGCUCUGCAGUUACCCGGCCUCGCGGUCCUGGACAAACGUGAGGACAUUGAGCCUGGCACUCCUCUCUACGAAUGUCACGCACACUGCGGCGGUGUCAUACUUGAUGCCGGGACCGCAGGCUACUGCACCAACUCGACCUAUGAGACGGAUCUCUCGGACUGCUUAGAGUGUGCGUUGAGUGAGGACAUCUGGCAAUACUACGGUAGCUAUGUCGAGUCCGCGGCUUCUGCAUGCGGAGACAGUUCCACGCCGAGUUCCUCCAGCGCCGUCUCAGACUCGGCAGCUGCUACCACCUCUGCCGCUGCUACCUUUGCUGCCGUCACAUCUGCCGCUGUUACAACCGCCGCCACUUCCACCAGCGCUGCCGCGGCAACGACUGAAAGCAGCGCAGCAGCAACACCUGCCAGCUCAACGGUUGCUGUCGCCGCCACAUCAGCCACCGCUGUCGCUGCCAGCACCUACACAGGGGCCGCAUCGAGAGUCAAGUACGAAAAGGUUGUGCUACUGGCUGGCGCAGGUGCAGUCCUUUACAACCUGGGCAUCUAGAACGUUUUACGUGGUGAAAAGCAUACUAUCAAUGCUGUUGAUUCAGUACAGACCUUUGCGGGAUUUAAGUCCUAGCAUUUGAUCGAAUCAGUGGUGAAGUUAUUUCAAAGAUGAUACGACAUCAAGCUUAAAUUUCUUCCGCGAGGUUUGAUGUGUCUGUCUGUAUAGUAAUAUCCGAUGUACUGUCACAAAAGCGGGCUGUAUUCUUCUUCUGUAGAAAACACCCUGUUUUGAAGUUUUCAGGCGACCUUCAGCAUUCCCUGUCGCCUAGAAAUGGCUCCCCCAACUACAGCCGAAAGGGGCGGAGACUCCAGGCCCUCCACGU